AAUAUACAAAGAAACGGAGCGACAUUUUAAAUGAAUCAACAACAACUUGAACUGAACUUUUUUUUUGGAAACGUCACUGUAUCGCGCGGUGAAGAACAGGGGUCUUGUCUUGUCCCCUUUUUGUCACUGAGGUAACGUCACCGCGAACAGAUCCACCCCCGUGGUGUUGAUGCUGCCCCCCUCCACUCUCCCCAUCCCCCACUCCGUGUAUCUGCGCUAUUGCUGCUGCUGAAUCCUGGAGCAAAGCUAGAGAGAGAAGAGGAAACCGACAGGGUCUGGAAAGAAAACGAGAAGGGUACGCACACACGUUGAACAGCCUGGAGGGAGUGAGUGAGUGAUCUGGAAAUAAAGGCAACACAUUCAGCUGCAUUACACUGAUUGCAUAUCCAUUCCCUACAUUAGCUUUUCCGAAAAUGGCAAGCGGGCACCCUACUGACAAAUUCAGUUUCUUGUACCAACCUGAAAGCUGUCAAAACUUGAAGAGUAAAAGUAGACUGUCUUCCACAAUGAAUCCUGUUUACAGUCCCGUCCAGCCAGGGACACCCUACGGAAAUCCUAAGAACAUGGCAUACCCAGAUUAUAGAGGUUCUCCCGAAUGUCACUCCCCGAUGUGCCAGUGUCAAUCAUCCUCCUGGAGAGCUCCUGUCUUCUGGACAUAUGGAAGUAGUCUGCUUUCUAGUGGGGCUGGGUAUCUUUAUUAUGGAUAUCCCGCUGGUUACCCAACAACUGCACCCACCUAUACACCUAAUCUUUACCCAACGGGCAGUCCUGGCUACCCCCAAGUGCUGCUGGUGAAGCAGAGCUGGCCACAGACCUCAACCUCUGGUGCCACUGAGGGUUCCUAUGACCUCCCAGUGGAUGCUGGGACUGAGAACCGAACUUACCAAGCCUCUUCUGCUGCAUUCAGAUACACUGCUGGGACUCCCUAUAAGGUCCCUCCAACUCAGACUAAUGGAGCCCCUCCACCCUACUCCCCAUCACCAAACCCCUACCAGACUGCCAUGUAUCCAAUCAGAAGUGCUUAUCCACAGCAGAAUCUCUAUGCCCAGGGAGCCUAUUACACACAGCCUAUGUAUGCAGCCCAGCCUCAUGUAAUCCACCACACCACUGUGGUGCAGCCGAACAGCAUUCCCUCUGCCAUCUACCCUGCCCCAGUCCCCGCCCCCAGGACCAAUGGGGUCGCCAUGGGUAUGGUUGCCGGGACCACCAUGGCAAUGUCAGCAGGGACCUUGCUGACAACGCCUCAGCACACUCCAAUAGGCCCACAUCCCGUUUCCGUGCCAACAUACCGGCCUCAAGGAACACCUGGGUACAGCUAUGUGCCCCCACACUGGUAAACUCACCGGCCCAUUUCGUAUCUGGAGUCAAACAUUGUAUGCAACUACUCAAGUCUUACAUUGGUGCUCGAGUGCCCCCACCACAGCACCGAGUGUUUGCAAGAACAAAAAAAGUGCUCGGUUCACUUUAUGCAUUCUUUUUAGUGAUUUUUUAAAAGCUGCUUUUUUUUUUUCCAAAUUCUGCCUCCUUGUUUUUUCCAUUUGUUUUAUUUCACAGUAACUCCAGACUGACACAGACCAGUGUUUUUUUUUUUUUUUUUUUUUAUAUAAUGCUAGUUAUUUCUAUAGUUUCAACACAGGGCCAGUUCAGUGGUGGGGAUGUAUGCAUUAUUUUCUUACGCUGCCAAAAUGAAAGCAAAACAACAACAACAAAUACAUUAGCACAGGGUCUUGAUUUGUUUGUUGCCAAAAAUAAAUGGCCAACAGACUUUUAUGCAUCAUUAUUUUCUUUCAAUUUGGUUUGAAAAUUACAUUCAUCUUCCAAUAAUGAAAAGGGUGUCUUCCAGUUUAGUAGCGAUCUAUUAGGUAGACUAAUUAUUAUUAUUAGUAUUAUUGUUAUUAUUUAUCUGCUGUACGACAGUAUAAAUGUGGUAAUAAACUUCAAUUCCCACUAGUUAGAAGACUGUAACAUCAUUAGCUUUUACUGCUGGAUCUAGGAAGCAGUUUUAUUAGUACAGUAAAGUUCUGAAAUCCUGAAUAAAUAUUUAUUUCUAUAUACAGAUCUAUAUAAGGCAGAGGAUUUAAUGGACGUUGAGAAAGUAACCCCCCACUGAACUGAAGCAGUCUUUUGAAUUGUGAGGAUUGGUGGCAGAUUUGGUUAACAGAAUUAUUCAGGAAAACGUUAGGGAUUUAAAGGGACUUGAAGAUAGACUUUUGCACUGGAUAAGUACAGUGCAUUGAACUGCAGGCAGAGAUUACAAAUGAAAAGAACAGCUUUUGGAAAGGUCAAACCCAUUCAUAAAAUAUUGCCCUAUAUCCAUUACAGGCAAAGAUAGACCCCGUAAAACACACUGUUGACAAUAUGCUGUGUACAGACCAACACAAUUUAGCAAAACAUCUUAAGCUGUAAUGCUAGGGAGUGGAAGUGUAGCGGGGAGAUUCAUUAUUGUAAAUGUUUUUAAAUGUGAAAAAUACCCAACUGUUAGGAUCUUGUUGCCACGAGGAGAGGCUUGUCAUCUUUAAAUUUGUUGACAAAUUGCUUAAAGUCCCAGUAGUAGGUAUUGGGCAAGGACAGGCUGAAGGUGGAUCAGUUUUACAGUCGCCUCACUGGAGGUUUGAUCAUUCCAGCAGCACAAGGUAAAGAAAGCAGCUUGAUUUCGUGCUGGGGAGUUUUUAGGCUGUUGUUUGUUAAUCAUGUUGCUCCCCUGGGCUACAGCAACUUGCAUGUUUCCACUUCUAAAAUCUUCUAAGCCAAACGAUUUCAGCUGUUAUUUGCACUGGAACUGUUUUUUUCCAGGAUAUGUAGUAAUGCUUUAUUCGUGUUAAAGCAAAUUACCUACCUGAGCAGCUGAUGGGAAUGCCCUUGCACAUAAGGAAAACGCAAUGGGGAAUAUGUGAAUGACUAGCUGGUAAGAGAAAGAGCAAACACACAGGCUUUUGAAGGAGAUUGAAAGAUGGGCAAACAUCCAAAUAACGCAUUGCUGUGCUCCAGUCCUAUCCUGUAUUUAACCCUUCAUUACACACUCCAGACUCUCAUAGAAACACACUUGCUGACCAAGAUUGUGAUUCGUCUUGGUGUGUUUGCAACACUAUGAUUUUUGAAGUCUGUUGGAAUAUCAUUUCUCAAUGAUAUUACAGUACUGAGUGGCUCUGUAUGUACUGCAGACUGGAUCUUUGCACAUCCUUUCUAAUAGUCUCUACAUUUAAAUUCAGUAAUAGUGACCACAUAUCAGAGUAACUCUAUUAAAUGAUGGUGUUUAGAUAUGUUGCACAGAACAUUUAUGAGUAAUAAACUAUGCUAAUUAAAAGGUACUUUUAAAUUCACACAGGCUCUUUUGAAGGAGCUUGUAUUAAAAAGCCAGUGAAAUAUGGUACCCCUUUUGGUCUGUAUGCAAGAGGAAUAUAAAUAACUUCAUAUAUAACACUACCAUUUGUUGUCGAGGCUAGUUAACCACUGAUUUCAAGUAUCAACCAUUUGAACUACUAUAGCAAAAAAAAAAAAAAAUACACAUUUAGCAAAGUAUUAGCCAGAUAAGAAAAAAAUAAAGCUUCACAUAUGUAAUGGCAUGUAUAAUAUAUACAGUGUGGAUGUGUUAUACUGUGUAUGCAUAAAACCGAAUCUUGUCCUUGCAAAGCAUGGUUGCGUGAGGUUGGUACAGUAAAGAUUGUAACCUUGGUUUUCCUAUUAACGUUUUAUUUUUUUUCCUUGAGCUUUGUCGUAUUUCCUAAAUGAUGUCUUAAUACAAAAUGUAAUAAGAAGAAAUCGGUCAUGCAUGGGUAAAGGUUUAAAAGACGGCCAGUUCUCUGGCUGGCAAGCAGUUAACUGUUGGGAGUGGAACUCCUGGUUUAAUAUUCUGUGGUUUUCUCUUGUCUGUUUAAAUCACAUUCCAUGGUUUAUAUCAUUCGAACGUAUAAAAAUGCAUUAUGGAAAUUGAUUUGAUCAUAUAUGUUUUCACGAGCUAAAACAUUCCCAAUUUGUAAACUGAACAUGCAUUUUUAUUAAACCUGCCCUCAUAGCUCAGCUGGAAGCUAGCAUUUUUAAUAACGAAAUACAAACUGCUUUAUUGACAAUAAAGUACAAUUGAUGUAUCUCUUAGUUUUCAGUAUCUCCAAUUAGAAACAAUAAAUUGGUCCCAGUCCCCUAAUUGAUGGAAAUGUGUACAGUCCACCUCAGUCUGUUCUUUAAACUAACACGUUUCCAAACUGGGACAAAGAACCGUAGGUACCAAAGUGUGUGUUUUUUUUUUUUUUUUUUUUUUUUUUUUUUUAAGGCAUUCACAUUGAGAAAGGGUAUGCAUUAAAGUCACUGAUAUGAGUAAUACACUAGUAACAUAUCACUCAAGAGCCUCUUUUAACACAGGCUGGGUGGCACUGCAGCUUUAAUAGGCUGUUUCCAGAACAAUACAUUAAAUGUUUAAAUAAAAUAAAAAAGUAGAAAAAAAAGUCAACUUCUUGUUUUCCUGGUCUUGCCUUCAAUUUGCCAUGGAAAAGUAAUGACCGUAAUGAAUGUGGUUAACUGUGAAGCUCCUUGCUGUGGUCAUAGGGCUAAUGAAUGGAAAAAAUUCCAGAAUAGAAAUUCGAUGAAGCAGUUUCCUGUGAUAAUACCUUUGCCCAUGCCAUGGCUGUUUUCUACAGACAUUUAGCAUUUGACACAAAUGGGAGUAUGUAAUAACUAGAGAACAUAUAGCUGGUUACAUAGUUCAGCCAUGCUGGGACUGUUUCUCCCAAGACAAAAAAAGACCAUUUUAACAAUCUUUUGUACAUCUUUGCUAAAAAAAUGUACUGUAAUGCAAGACUUGAACAAUGCAUUUUAAUAGUUGUACUGGCCCAAUUCAAUGAAAAAUUAACUUCAAGAGAUUAAUCUGUGUGUAUGAAUAUUGCCUCUGGUAUUUUAAACAAACAAACAAAAAAUAAAAAAAUAAAAAAAAAAAUAACUUAGGUAAAAAACUUUUUUCAGUUCCGAUAUGUAAUUUAAACGCUUUUUACCAUAAGUGUUAUUUAAGUUUUAUUGAUUGAUGUUUAUUCAUAAAUAGAGGAACUUUUCUGGUUGCUGAAGUUGGAUGCUUCUUUGAGCUUCAGGGAGCAUUUCAGAACACAAGUCUGUGGGAUUUUUUUGUUUUUAUAGAGCUUUGUAACAUUUUCUUUCACUUAGGACAGGGCAAAGCAAACGCACUGACAGAUGUGAAAAAUGGCCAAGUCUGACUUAAAUACUUGCAAAGAUAUUAACUGAUUGCAAAGGACCACAUUUGAGAACUAUCGGUCUAGAGAAGGGUUUGUGAAACAUUUUUUUAAGAAAAUUGUGAAGUAAUUUAGCUCUGUCACUGCACUGUAUGCCUAUCGACUCUAGACACAGAACUGAUCUAGAACAGGUUUAGCAAUAAAAACAAUUGGAUUCCAGAAUGAAUCCAUGGAGAAUGCUGCUGCCAUGGUAAUGCCAGCCUCUAAAACAAACACCCAUCCCGUUACUGCUUCCUGUCUCAUUGCGCUGCUGGGAACUCUUUGGUCUGUGUUAUUUAUUAAAAUUAUAGCACAGCUAUGGCUUUGUUUACAGCUUCUAUGUACACACACACAUUUUCUUAAUUUAAGUUGUCAAGGCAUCUUGAGGAGCACUUAAAUAAUACAAAGUCAAAUUUUAAAGUCAGAAAUGGCCACCUUUUUUACAUCUGUUAUUCUUCUUGGAUUGCCACGUGCCCAUGUGGUGCCCUGUGCAGUAUAUUGAUAUUUCAAGCAACGUAAUGUCUGUUUCUAAUGUUCCAGUAAUUAAUAAAAAAAAAAAAAUCCCUAUAAUAAUGACAAUUUCUUAAGAUUUGUUUCUCCGUUUGUUCCAAACUGAUGUUUACAGUUUUUUCAAGUGUGUGGAAGUAGGACCGGAAAUAAAAUUAGAACUUUCUAAAUGCAGUUGGAACUUUGUGUGUCUAAAUAAAAUUGUCAAUGAAAUAAGAAUAAAAAAAACAUGUUUUGGAAAGCGGUUUGCUAGGAAAACAUUUUAAAUAGUGACAGUUGCACUACAACAAGAUUGCAUUUGCUAUGUAAAAAUACUAUUUAAUGUGCCUCUCUUCUUUCAAACCCGAUGUCUAUAGGAAUUAAAGGGUACAUUAUAAUGCAAAUCAUUUAUCAGGUCUGCUUUAAAGCCACCGUUUUGUGUUAUUUUUGAUGACAGUUGACUAAAAUCAAAGUACAGUAACAUCAGGUUGUUUUAGGGUUGAUUUGGAAUAGAAAAAAGGGAUUACAAACUAAUGAUAUGGUAGAUUUGAAAGAAGACUUUCUCAAUAUAACAGAUUAAAUACAGCUUUAAUAAACCGAAAAAAUAACAUGGAUGUGCAGGUUGGCAAAAAAAUUUAAAAAAAAGUUUUAGUGAAACAAAUAUUGUGUUGCUUGGAAUGUUUUAAUGGCACAGGGCUGAAAAUAUUAUGAAAGAUUUAAAAUACUAAGUUCAGAUUUUAUUUAAUUCUAUUUCAAUUGCAGCUUUGGAACUUAAUUUAAAUUUUAUAUUAGAACACUACUAAUUGUGAAGCAAAAAGUGGAAAUUCAAGAAUGUCUUCCAAACUUUUUUCUAGAGUGUUUUGAAGAAACAGCACCUAUGAAGCGGAAAGGCCCACACAGUCUAGGCUUGUGACUAUGAAGUGCACAUCUGUUUUUAUUAUUGUUUUUGAAGAUCAGUUAGUGAUCUCGGUGACAGAAUUAAGCCAAGUUUGUAAUUGUAUGAUAUUUACUGUAAGAUGUAGAACAUUCAAUAACUAUUAAAAAAUCUUUCCAAAAAACAAAA